AAAGAAAUCAAAACGGCGGAUGUGACAAAUUGUAGAUAAAAUAUCACUAAAGUUACAAUUUAUUAGCAAAAAUUAUAUGCAAAGAAACAUUGAAUUUGAUUUGCGGGAUCUGUGAACAUCGACUCAAGCUAUAUACCGAUGAGCCAAACAUUAUGGAAAGCCCUAUGGAAAAGAUUGUUGUUUGAUGAUGAUUUAGGUUCUUGGUUGUAAAAUGGCCAGCAUCCAAUUGCCAUUUUCAGACACAGAGUGGACUUGUCAUGUGUGUGGAUUACAACUGUCUAGAAAGCAACGUCUUUUAUCUCAUUACGAGGCAAUUCACCCAGAAGAGCCUUUGCCAGAGUUGUUACAGUAUGUGCGAAAAAGAUACAAACAGUAUGAGCUUGAUGAAACAGUACCUGUACCUAAACGGACAAAAUUCAGGAGGAAAAAAGAAUUGUCAGGUGAUUCUGGCAUGUGCAGUGUUUCAUAUGAGUCAGAGAAAGUUAUGACAGCACUUUCUGAAAUAACAAAUGAAGAAAAUAUUGAAUGUGACUACACCGAGCAGGUUAAUUCUAACAUGUGCAACCCAUUUCACAAUGAACUUGAUACAAGUGAAUGCGUCUCUACAGAUCAGUUGUGUUCCAAUGUUUUUACUGAACAAACAAAUGCAUGUAUUUCCUCUGAAAUUAUGAAUGACACAGAUGAGCUUAUAAAGCAAAAUAGUGAUGCAAGUGUUACAGAGAAAUGCAUGGCUAUCUUAGCAUUUGCCACAAAAAUGAAACUAACUAGCUGUGGAACUGAUCAGCUUAUGAAACUUAUAAAGUUAUUUUCAAAUGGAGACUCUUUGCAAGACUUAAAUGGUGUCAGCCUUAAGAACAUUUUUGACGGCAUAGACAUUAGAGAACAUCGUUAUUGUCAGACCUGUAAUUUAAGUGAUGUUGAAUGUAGAUGCACUGAUAUGCAAAAAAUAAGUCACUUUGCAACAGCACCAAUAGUUAACCAGUUGAAAGAGAUUUUAAUGAGACCAGGGAUCUCAGACUGUUUAGAAGACAUCAGUGUUAUCAAAUUAAUGAUGAAUACCGAUGGAGUUCCGCUUUACAGCUCAUCUUCUGUUAGUUUGUGGCCAGUAUAUCUGGUGAUAAACAACCUACCAUCACAUAUUAAAUUCAGGAAAGAAAACAUGAUUAUUUGGGGUCUAUGGCAGGGACGUGGUAAACCAAACUUCCACACCUACUUUAGCCCAUUAGUAGCAGAGCUGAAUAAUCUAUGGACAAACGGUAUACAUGUAUUUCAAGAGGAACAAAUAAUUAAUGUUAAGCUUACCAUUGCAACGAUGGACCUCCAGGCUAAGGCUUAUGUCAUGGCUAUGAAUCAGCACAAUGGUGAAUAUGGUUGUGUGUCAUGUGAGCAUUCAGGCUCCGUCUGUAAACAAGGGAAAGGUUAUGCACGUGGUUAUUCCCCUUCAUUUCAGCACCCUCCACCUACAAGAACCACUGAAUCUGUUUUGUCCAAUGCUCAAGAGGUCAUUGCGUCACAGACAAGAAAACCCGUGAAAGGUAUCAAAGGUGUUUCUGUUCUUUUUGAAAUAGACUAUCUUGACCCAGUUGAUGCUGUAGUACCAGACUAUAUGCAUGGAGUACUUUUAGGGACAACCAAAAAACUUUUGUCUUUAUGGUUUAACAAAGAACACUCUAAAAAGGCCUACUACCUCGGAAAGAACAUGAGAGAUAUAAAUAAUAGGCUCAUGGCAAUGAAACCAACCGAUGCACUUUCGAGACUGCCAAGGAAAGUAGAGACAGUUACUCACUGGAAAGCAUCAGAACUUGAAAACUGGUUACUUUUCUAUGCAGUGCCUUGUUUAAAGGGAAUUUUACCAGAACAGUACUUCCACAAUUUGUGCUGCCUUAUUGGUGGAAUAUACAUUCUUUUGACUGAAAACCCAUCUGAUGAAGAAUUAGAUAGAGCCGAAAAACAGUUGAAAGAUUUUUACGUGUCUUUUGAAAUACACUACGGUACAAGUAAUUGUGGCAUGAAUGUCCAUAAUAUUGGCUGCCAUUUGGUAGAUUAUGUGCGGCAGCAUGGUCCCAUGUGGGGUUGGUCGUGCUUCCCUUUUGAAGACAUGAAUGGAUUAUUAGUCAGAUCGGCACAUGGGACUGGACAAGUUUGCAAGCAACUCCUCAGAUAUUUAUUGACCCAUAAGAAACUGCAUGCUGAAGCAAACUUUAUGCAAAGUGACUCCCUAAAAAAGUUCACUAAAGAUAUGUUGACUGUGGGAAAACGAUCUGGAAACUAUCAAGAGGCUGCUAAUUGCAGGAUUAUGGGUAAAACGUUCCCUGGUGAAAUUCCAAGAGAAAUAAAAGAAGCUAUAGCAGCAAACAUAGACUUAAAUGUGGACGAUUGUUUGUUUUUAAAAGCUAGAAGAGUCCAUGUAAAUGAUAACACUGUUCAUUCCAUAGAAUAUAAAAGGGUUCAGAAACGAAUUUGCUAUGGGGUAUUAAUACAAACCGAUCAGGAACAUAUUUUGAGUACAGUACAAUACUUUGUACAUGAAUCUAAGAGUGGCAGGUGCUAUGCAGUUGUAAGUCCUAUGGAAAUACUUAGUGCUAUAUCUGAAAAUGUACCUCACAUUGUAAGUGUUGAAGAAAGUGAGAGAAGACUCUGUUAUCCAGUAGAAAAUAUUUCAGAGAAAGUGAUGUUUAUGCAAGGAAAUACAGACCACCUUUGUAUGGCUAGACUUCCCAACCUUUAUAAGCACACAAUGUAAAACAAUUCAAAAGGUUAUAGACAGUGAGUAAUAGUCCGUGUGCCACUUCUGACAUUGAAUUUAAAGUCUAGUCUAAAUGGGAAUAGUGCUUAUUUUGUUGAUUUUAAUGCUGUAAGGGAUCACUAGUUAUCCAGAUAUUGUCAUCGCAGUAUUAUGUCAAUAAUGUCUUAAUUAAUUACAAAAAAAAACACAAAAGUUAUAUCUUAAUGAAAUACUUUAAACAACUGUAUAUAAUUAUAUUCAAACAUAAGGAGAUAAUGAACCUUUUAAAAAUUCUAAGCAUUAAAUGUUUGAAACCAUUUGCAAAUGGCAUUUCAAUGCUAUUUAUGAUAAACAUUUUCCAUUAAGUAGUCGGACAUUUACUUCACCUUUUAUAAAAGCUGCAAGCUUUUAAUUGGUUGGAUAUCAAUGAGUUGAAAUCAUGGUUAAGAAACUUACUGUUAGCAGUUAGUAAGAAGUGUAUCAUAUGUUAUCAUAUAAUAGAUAACAAACAAAAGCUGGGCAGACAGCCGAGAUCCGAACCACUUGUCUUUGGAUAGCAAUUUCAGUAUGCUAUCGCUACAUUAUCACAACCCAGCUUCUUUGUAUGAAGGUUUUGAUAUUUAGUUGUUGUUAUAUAUUGUUAUAUUUUUGUUGUUGCUUGUGUGUUGUUUUUUUUAAUAUUUGUGACACCAUCUUGAGUGUUUUACUUAUUUGCAUAAUAUUCUUAAAUAUAAACUCCUUUCCAUAAGGCCAGGGCUCUCGACUGGGCCAAAGUCUAUGAAGGGGUGGGGGGGAUAUUUCAAAUGAUUUUCAAAAAUUUUUCAUUUAAGGGGGAAGGGGGAAUUUCAAAAGAAGAAAAAUAAAUAAUUCAUUAAAAAAAGCGCAAACAAGAUUCAUUUAACAAACUUAUCAACAAUAGGCUGCUGUCAUGAAAUAUUUUAGUUAUUUCCAAUGAAAUUGAAUACAUCUUUGAUACUUUGUAUAAAAAUUCAACUUAACAUACUGAUCCUUGAAACAUGGCUGUUAAAUACAAUUUUCAACAUGUUCAAAGGGGAUAUUUUUUGCUUUUUAGGGGAGAAAAAAACACACUUUAAAGGGGAGAAUGAGGCCAAUAUUUGGCUCCAAAUUUUACCAAACAUGAGCCCUGAAGGCUAUUAUCAAAACACUGCCCAUAUAUGAAUAUUAUGAAAAAAAGUAUUGAGAAUCAUGUUAUAUCAAUAAAAUCAGUGCAUGUUUUUACAAUGACAUUUUGUUGGUUUAUUUAACCAUUUAAAGAAUUCUGAAUUUAAUUAUUAAAUGUAUAUGCAUUUUUAUAUAAUUUCUGUGACAUUUAUUGAAGGGACUCCACUGAGGUUUUUUUGACAUGACAGUAACUGGAAAUAUAUUUGACAUUUUCGUAUCUUAUACUGCAGGUCUAUACCAAUAAAUUGGGGACAGAAUUUCAAAUUAUUUGCUUACUUAGUUUUCAAGAAAAUAUGUAUUGUGAAUAUGACCUUUAAAUGAAGUGAUGAUAUUAAUGCUUUUUUUCAUCUAAGUUGGGCUAAAUAUUGCAAUGAAAAAUGACUUUAAAUUUAUUUCUUAGUAAAGCUAUGAUUUGUUUAACAUUAUUUAACUUUUAUGUCAUGUUUUGUUUUAAGUGCCCCAGUUGUUUUAUAAAGUUUUUAAGAAUUUUAAAUCAGACCUUUGGCCCC